AUGACCUCAGGUCUCCUCAAAUCUUCAUCUCCUGCAUCAACUACGGCGUCGCUGUCUAAAGUUACAUCGCAAUAUGAGCGUCUACCUCCAACUCGGGGUUGGUCACCAUCUCCGAAAUCACCAGAAGAACACCAGACUACAGCACCUCAGACAGCUUCCGGCUCGGAUCUUGACCAGGACAUCUCGCUGCAACUAAUCGCAAGCAAUGAUGAGCAUGCACCUCUCUCAGAAAGCGAUGAUGUCUCCAUGUCACCAGCAAUGAUGUUCUUAUCUGCAUUUAGUCCCUCCGCAAUCCCACAAUCACCUGAUGCAGAAGGUCAAGUCAUCCGUGGCUAUGUUCUCGGGCCAAUCAUAGGUUAUGGGGGAUUCUCUGUAAUCAGGCGCGCCUCAUCCCCUUCCGGAGGUGUCGUCGCUGUCAAAAUUGUCCGUCGCUCCGAUUUGGAGAAACAGACAGAUCCUUCUUUAGCUAGAAGGCGACUCAGUCAUGAAGCCCAAAUAUGGGCUUCUCUAUGUCACGAGCAUACCUUGCCCCUCUUCUUUUCCGAACACACUUCCUACGCCGAUUUCUUCUUCUCCCUCUUAUGUCCUGCAGGAUCCCUAUUUGAUAUACUUUUAAGAGACGGUCGUCCCGCUCUCCCUCACGAUGACGCCGGCAUGAUGUUUCGACAAAUUGUACGAGGCGUACGUUACCUGCACGAAGUCGCAGGCUAUGUACACAGGGAUAUCAAACUCGAGAAUGUUCUUGUAGAUGAGAUGGGUAUAUGUAGAAUUUGCGAUUUCGGCAUGACUCGCAAGAUCGGCGAAGUUGACGACGACGAACCCCUAUCCGGUGCAGACAGUCACUCUAGCACCCAUCGUCACCGUUCCACUUCUAUCAGACCCAAAUUUCACAUGUCUUCGCACCUCUCAAUACUACGCCAACAUGGUCCUAGGCGUCAUCGUACAUCAACUCCUAUCGGCGAAAACCCUCCGCCUGUGCAUCCAUCACAUGUUUUCCAGCAAGGGUCUUUACCAUACGCAUCUCCAGAGCUUCUUCAACCCAAACCUUCACGGUUAAAAGGCGUCUAUGACAUGCCUUCUGGUAUUAGUCGUGGAGCUGAGCAUGUUCUCAAAGGCUGCUUGGAGCGUAACGUCCGUAACCGGUGGACGAUUGCGGUAGUGGAUGAGAUGGCUUGGGGUGUUGGGCUUGACGACGACGACGACACAUCUCCUGUAACAGACAAGGAUAAAUUUAAGUUAGUAGAUUAUCCCAGCCACCGAUCUCCAUCAUUAUCCCAGUCGCGCUCGCGCCCUCGUGCCUGGCGUGAUAACAAGCCGAACCCAUCUCAUACUGAAGAAGCACCCCCAAGGCGGUCCAACCGUUCCCUCUCUCGUACCUCUAUCUCAACUGCAAGCUCGAUCUCAACACGAUGUACCAGUCGCAGUAUCUCCCGUCCACCAAUCGUUCGUUACCCGAUGUCUCCCACAUACGACGAACUCAGUCAUUCAGUGGUGAGCGCCUCGACGUCUCUCUCUGUGCCGCCUCUUGACAUAGGCGGCCCUGCUCUUCUUGCCUCGCCAGGGCCAUCACCUGAGCGUGGCCGGAGAUCGAAGAAGGCGGCAUUUAUACCGCUCAAUCGGUUUACAUCAUCAUUAGCGACGUCUUCUCGCCAAUCAGAAUAUGCCCCAGAAUCCGGAGAUCUCGAUGCUGAUGUAGACGUGUUGGGCAAUACCGCUCACUGGACAUCUACUCUAAGCAUCAACGCUGUUGCAGAACCUACUGCCCGUAGUGGUACAACCACUGCGAUCGAGCGUCAGGAUGCAUUGCCACCACAAACACAUAAAAGGGCCGAGAGCACACCUCCGGCGUCAGGUGCCUGGCCACGGAGAUCGCGACUUCACAUUAAGGAAGAUCCUUCUUCCUAUCGCGGAGCAGAAAUUCACGGAGUAGGCGGAUUCCUUAGAGACCCCAGCACCACUCCCAUACCAAUCACGCCCAAAGGCGGUACCCGAAGCCGGAGCGUAGGACAUGAUACCCAUCAUACCUACGGUCGCGCUAACUAG